AUGAGUUUCUUGAUAAGAAUUUCCCUUUUCUUGUCCCUAUUUUCCUUUGUUUUCUCUGAAGAAAACUCAAAUUUACACCCUUUUCAAAGGCCUUUGAUUCUUGAAUACCCAGAAAGAAAUGAACCCAAUGUGAAACAAGGAUGUACAGAUGAAAUUCAAUUACAGUGUACAGGUUGGAGGUUUGCUGUGGAGGCCAAUAAUUUAAGUCCAUGGGAGAGUAUUCCAGCAGAAUGUGCUGAUUAUGUGAAGGAUUAUUUGCUUGGAAGGGGUUAUGAAGUUGAUCUUGAAAGGGUCUCUAACGAGGCUGGAAUUUAUGCAAGAAAUGUGGAGUUGAAUGGAGAUGGGAAAGAUGUUUGGAUUUUUGACAUAGAUGAGACUUUGCUUUCAAAUCUUCCCUAUUAUGCUGAACAUGAUUAUGGGUUGGAGCUUUUUGAUAGCGUGGAGUUUGAUAAAUGGGUCGAGAAGGGAACGGCUCCUGCUAUACAGUCCAGUUUAAAGCUUUACAAAGAGGUUUUGGGGUUGGGAUUCAAGGUGGUCUUGCUGACUGGGCGAAGUGAAAGGCAUAGAAGUGUUACCGUUGAGAAUUUGAUCAAAGCUGGAUUUCAGGAUUACGACAAGCUCCUAUUGAGGGGCUCAGAGGAUCACGGGAAGACAGCGACAACGUUUAAAUCGGAGAGGAGGAGUGAAAUGGAAGCAGAGGGUUACAGAAUUAUGGGCAAUUCUGGAGAUCAAUGGAGUGAUUUGUUGGGUUCUUCCAUUUCAAAACGUUCAUUUAAGCUUCCCAAUCCCAUGUAUUACAUUCCUUGA